GUUGGCCGGCUGUCAUUUGGCGACGUUUUUAAAAGCAAGUUAAAGUGACAGAACCAUAACAAUAUGGCUACGUACGCUCUGCUUUGCAAACUUGGAGUUGCUGGACUUUGUCGGAAGUGGUGUUGCUCCCGCGCGUUCACGUGCAGAGCAGCGGUCAACCAGCGGGCUCUGCCCGGCAAAGUGGACCGGUUCGGGGGUGUCACGGUGGACCUGGCCGACGUCGAUCUGCCAGAGGACAUCAGCGAAACUGCUUUCGGAAGCUUACUGACAGAUUCUUUGGCCCAGUGGAAAUCGGAGGGCAAGUUGGCCGUGUGGCUGCGCGUCCCCAUCGCGAUGAGCCGAUGCGCCGCCACCGCCGCCUGCGCCCACGGCUUCACCUUCCACCACGCGCAGGACCGCCACGCCGUCCUGUCCCUCUGGAUGGGCGGAGGAGAAAGCAGGCUGCCCCGCUUUGCUACUCACCAAGUCGGAGUGGCUGGGGCAGUCGUCGACGAGUCCAAUGGAAAAGUUCUCGCGGUGCAAGACAAGAACAAGACGAAAAAUGCCUGGAAGUUCCCCGGUGGUCUGUCGGAUCCCGGAGAGAAUAUCGGAGUGACGGCGGUGCGGGAAGUCUUCGAGGAAACGGGCGUCCGUUCAGAGUUCCGAUCCCUGCUGAGCAUCCGUCAGCAGCACAACCACCCGGGCGCCUUCGGCAUGUCCGACAUGUACGUCAUCUGCCGCCUCAGCCCGCUCAGCUACGACAUCCACUUCUGCACGCACGAGUGCGAGCGCUGCGAGUGGCUCAGCCUCGCCGAGCUGGCGCGGACUGCCGACACAACGGCCAUCACGGCCCGAGUGGCCAGGCUGCUGCUGCACGGCCUGGAGCGUGGGUUCGAGUGCAUCGACCUUGGCAUGGAGGAGCUCCCCGCCGUCUACUCGGGGAUGUUUUACCAGCUCUACCAUCGACGGAUUCCUACAUCUUAGCCAUAACGUACGGCGCAAGGACCAGGACUGAACCUAGUGUUCUUGGUACAACUCUUGACUAUUUAUUAUUGGACUACUACUACCUACUACAAAUACUGUUUAUUCUAUCGAGCUGGUGUUCAAUUUGAGAAGAUUGUUGGUGUGGACACUGAUCAAGUCCUUGGUGCCUCUGGGAGUUCUGCUCCCUUUCAACUUUUCAAACUGAGCCAACAAGUGCGGGAUAGCCCACUUUGAAGUUCUGCUACAAAGGCACAAAACUUGGAAACAAUCCAAAUAAAAUUGUGGCUGGCAUGUUAUACACACAAAAACACUUUAAACAUCAGCUUCUCCAAUCGCCGAUACUCACGACCUACCUCCAUGAACCUUACCUAGCAUAUCACGGUCAAAUUGGUCGAGUUGGGAACAGAAAGGUGUACCUCUUCGUACCAGAAGCUACUGUCUGUAGCAUGCUUAAAAACAGUCUCUUCUGGCUAAGUUACCAGACAGUAUCUAUGUCGUCUCUCGUCGCAGUGAGCUGCCUGCCGUCAGACUAAACUGAAACGCAUUCACUUCACUUGCAUUGGUUUGGUUCUGCUCCAGUGCAGCGCAAAUGCUAUAGGACAUCUCAGGAAGAUGCAUGGAAAGGUAGAAUACGUGCUCGAGGUUUCCUUUAAAGUGUGUGAAAUGCCCCCCCCCCCUUCCUUUUUUAAACAUCUUUCUCCAAGAGACCUUAUGUUGAAAGCCUUAGCUGAAAGAAAGUCACAUAAUCUGAAGGUAUGAUCCGAAGUCCUCUUCAGCAAGCCCUCUGGUUCUCUUAUCACCCAGUUGGUGAAAGACAAAAGGUGCAUCGGAAUAAAAUGACAGAACAGUCGUAAUAACAUCACAGCUACUUCUUUCGGACAGUGGCGACAUACGUUCGCUGCCAUCACAAUUUAAGACAUGAACAUGAAUCUGGCUCCUUCCAGGUUAGCCUUUGGCAGACAUCGGGAGGAAGAGGAUGGCCUUCUGACCUGGUCCGGUUUUGCUUCCGGAUUUGUACUGGCCGGUCCGCUUCAGCGCCACGUACAUGGUGGGGUACUUCCUGGAGCGGUACGUGUUGUAGUUGUUGCUCUCCAGACGCUCCAAAAAGUAACAUUCCUCAGUCGCUCGUCUCUGAUGAGAAAGACAAAAGAGGAAUUAGAACAUCCAUUUUCGAUAUUGCUUCGCUUGACUUCAGGCAAAAGGGCUGGUCGUCAGUCGAUCACGGCAUAUAUAUUUAGAGACCAUCAUUUUCACACCGUCGCUUAACGGGAGCUCAACUCAAACGCUGCCACCACGGAGGUCUGACAAGUGAACCACUACGCUACCAACUGAUUGAAUUACAACAAUUACUGAUGAUUUGAUUUCAAGAAUAUUUACCUUAUGUGUACAUGCACUGAAGACUCUCUGUCACUUCCACUAACAACCCAAGCUAAACUUAGCUGCUCUCCAACAUUAAAAAAAAAAUAAUAAUAAUAAUAAUUGUGUCUCAGUUGAGAUGCAUCACUUCAACAUACGUCCUUAACACCAAACUGCACUACUUUAGUAUUUCCUUUGGCGGUAUCUUGUUUCAGAAAGAGCACAAAAACUGAAAACAGGUGAGUUUUUCAGUGACUAACUGAAGAUAGGUUCCACAGAAAAAAAGAUUUGGAAAUAGUGAACCACAAAUUUAUGGUUAAUUACUCCAUUGCAAAUCUGUGACAUCAUUCAUUUUUCUUCAUAAACAUUUCUACUUCUCAACUCUCUACAAUAUGACUUACAGGUGUCCCAAAACCUUUACAAAUCCUAUUUUUUUCUGCAUGCUUUCAUCAGGGUACCAAUCACAGUGGUACAGUCCUGCUAAAAACAUUUCUGCCUAUUGACUGUUCAACUGAGAAUGGUCACUUCUGUUUUAUAACUGAAAAAAUGAGUAAUAGAUGGGUAAUGAACAAAAUACCAUCGAUUAGGAAUAAAUGAACGCAGUUCUUGCCGCUGGUUUACAAAUGUCCGCAGCUCUUAUAUUGUUUUUAUCUUCUUUGUUGACUUCAUGGUUACCUACCUUUUGUCUCGCUAUCAAAGAUUCCACUAAGACACACCAUGAACGAAACGCGUGGGUCAUCAGGAUUUACCAAACUGAACACUUAGUGGGA